GAGCGAGCCGCAAACGGAACUGAGAUGAUAUCUUAGUAGUUGAAUUGAAAUGGAAGAUAUCGUAGUAGUUGUCGACCAACAUAUAGCUUUCUACCUGAGCGGUUAUCUUUCUUCGAAAGUAGACACAAGCCACAAGUACCUCCACAAUAGUGAUAAGCAACUGGGUACCAUUAGGGCCAUGUGGUCUGUUCUCGAGUUGUAAUUUGCUUGUUGUGCAACUAUUGUUCUCGGUAUAAAUAUCAUGCAGGUAGCAGGAUCGACAUUUAUAUACGUCAUUUUCAGUCUCCACCUCCCCGUGGUCAUCUACUCCUGAUGCUCGUCCACGCCCUUCUUCUACGUCCUAGCAGAGCCGAUGUCGAGAGACAGACGAGAAGUAGUCUUCGCAAGAAACGACGUGUACCGACAAAGUGAGCUGCUCGUGCAGAUGCAUUCAACAUCAUUUAUCUUUUGUGAAAAAUAUCAAUGUCAUGUUUUGUUUUCUCCUAUUUGUUGCCUUCGUCCUCCCCAUGCGGUGUAUCAGUCGAGACGAUUAUGAGCUUGUAGUUUUGGAACUCGUCGGGUGUUGUGCUAUAUUUUUUCCAGCGGAUCAUUGUCAUCAAGCCGAGUGGUCUUCGUUGCAACAGUAUUUCUGGUGUCUGAUUAUAUGAGACCUAAUCUUCAUCCUCUCAUGUAAUUCGGAUUUUUCGAUGUUGUUGUACUACAUGGUACUAUUACACGACGAUGCUCUAUGAUGAAUAUGACUAGCCCCCUGGCGUGGUUCCCCAGGGUCAGGAUUCGAUGGGAGCACGAGCCGCUUGCUAGAUAUGCACGCCCUCGGAUAUUUGGCACGGUCUGAAACAUUUAAAAUUAUGCAGGAAGCUCGCGCGCCCUCUUUCAGGAGAACGGCGAGGGGACCCGGCCUGCUUUCAUGUUUCUGCUUAGGGACACGCGGACACCAGGGCCACAAGACCGCCCGCCCCCAUAUCCUCACGGGGGGAGGGAUGUGAAAUCUUGAAAGCUUUUGCCUGGGUGGUGGUGGGAUAAGUAGUGAACGCGACGCUUCUGGAUAGCGGUGGGCGAAGUAAGAGCGGCAGAACCAAAUCAAUUCCAUGAGGAGGGGGAAAUCAUGCGCGGGCCCCGUUGCUUGGGCUUGCCUGCUCCAUUCGCCCCCGGCGGGGUGUCCGCGUGUCUGUGGUGUCACCAGCGGACGGUGGGCCCUUGGUCUGGUGUGCGUAUUACCUUGUGAAAGUACCUGGAUCCACGUGAAUUCUAAGAAGGAAGAAACUUCCCGCGACCUUGCGCCCAGCUUGAGGAGACGUGGACACAAAAGAGAGGCAGGGGCGCCUCCGCGCUUAUCCUUCCUCAGCGGGGUGGGAGACAUUCAUAGGCAGGCGCAGGGCUUUGGGUGGUGCUGGUUUUCCUUGAGAAAAUAGACGGCUGAGGCCAUGCGGGCCCCCGGGCUGACGGUGCUGGGCGUGGCAAGUGUGUUCGUGGUUCAUGGCCUGCCAGCUUGGCCAGGUGGGCAAGUGCUUGCACUUCGCUCCUGAAGGUCUCUGGUUCGAAUCUUGGAGGGGCCUCGACUUGCAAGGAGUUCGCGGCCUUCAAGUGGGUCGCUCGCUCGGACUUUGGGAGGCCCCGCCAAGGUGGUGCAACUGUGCCACAGUAUGCGGCUUGUCGGUCAUGUACGUAGGCCGCCUCCCCAGUGCAUGCUGCAACUUUCAAAAUUCAUGCCUUGGCUUUAAAAAUUCUUUCAUGCCUUGGCUUUCAAAAUUCACGCCUUGGCUUUCAAAGUUCACGCCUUAACUUUCAAAGCUCACGCCUUGACUUUCGCAAUCCAUUGCUUUCGUGCACCUAUCUAACUUUCAGAAUUCAUGUCGUAACUUUCAAACUCCCUCCAUGGCCAUGGCGUAACCUUCAACUUUAAGAUUCAUCAUGGUGUAACUUUCAAAAUUCGUGCCGUAGCUUUCAGGAUUCUUUCAUGUCCUAAUUUUCAAAGUUCAUGCCGUAACUUUGACAAUUCACGUCGCAACUUUCAAAAUUCACACCCUAACUUUCAGAAUUUGUGUCCUAACUUUCCCAGCUUGUUGGAUAUGUCCUAACUUUCACGAGUCAUGUCUUAACUUUCAAAAUUUAUGAGCAUAGGGAGGCGCUGCUUGUUUUGCAGUGUUUUCGCAGCGUUCGGCCACUUUCAAAAUUCGAAAUCUAAAUCCAAAAUUUGAAAUCAAGAGUCAAAAUUUGAAAUCAAGAGUCAAAAUUUGAAAUCAAAAUUUAAAUUCGAAAUCAAAGUUUUGAAUCACAAACCAAAAUCAAAAUCUUGAAUACGAAUCUCAAAAGCAGCUAACUUUACAAGUAAAGAGAUUUCCAUCUACGAAGUAUACAAACAUCGUUUGUAGUUACAAAAAGUAUCAUCUCAACCUUUUUCAUGAUAACAUGUGAUGACAAUGGCUAAACUGAACCAGAAACUUCUAACAAAGCACCACCACCAUGAUCUUCCUGACAGACCUCCAAAACAAAAAAAUAACAUUUUUUUUUCGAAAUUCGAAAGCAAAGCCUCAGCAGUUGCGAGUCUCUCAAUAUCAAGAGCUACUCAACACCUCAAUUGUAAUACAAUUCACAGCACUCAACAAACACUUCCUGUGCACGACAACUUCGACUUGUUUAUUUUGUGCAUUUUGAAAGGCAAAAAAAUCUGCGACGUCGCUCGAAGACACGAGAAGACUCUUUCCUCUCCAUUUGUGAACAACGUUGAUUAGCAUUAGUUGCCAACAUGAUUAGCACAUAUUUCAAGUCUAGGACUAGGAGCUGGCAAAAACCAAGGAUGGUUUGGCUUUCCCUUCAAAAAUCAAUGUGCUGAAUGACUCACAUGGACCUUCUUUUGAUUGAUUCGUGGUACAGGGGAAGCAACGACUGUCUAAGACAAUAUCAGGCUUUGGUAUUGUAAUCCUAAUCUGAUUGUUGGGUGUUUCGAAUGUUUUCAAGGAUAUCAACAUAAUGUUUUGACAGCUCGACCACGAGACCGAGAGGAAUCAACGGGAUGUUGAUGUAUUACUAUUAAUUUAGACUGACAAGGAGUAGACGAUGAAGAUCAUCUAGAAGUUGAAGACUUUGAUGUUCGUACAGCCUGCCUUUUUUAGCGGAAAGUUAACUGUAGUAUUUUGCUUUUGAUGAGAGGGCGAGACCAUGGAGAAGUGAAGAUGCAU